UGUGCCUCUUUUCUUUGAAUUAAUUACUUGGCAAUUUGUUAUCUUCCACGAGUGCUUGACACAGAGAGAGAGAGAGACUUAGAUUUUGUUUUUGAUAGAAAAUAAAGAGUGAAAAAGAAUGUCAGGGCCUCAGUGCUGCUCAAACCCUCCAGUACUCGAUUCAAGUUGUGGAGCAGGCCAUGUUGAGAAACUUGGUGGCCUCGACUCCUAUGUCACUGGCUCACCUGAUUCCAAACUUGCUAUUCUUCUUAUUUCUGAUGUUUUUGGAUAUGAUGCACCAAACCUGAGGAAGCUGGCGGACAAGUCUGCAGCUGCUGGAUUCUUCGUGGUGGUUCCCGACUUCUUACACGGAGAUCCUUAUGUGAUUAAAAAUCCUGAGAGGCGUUUAGAAGGCUUUGAUGUUUGGUUUAAAGAUCAUGGAACGGAUAAGGGAGCUGUCGAAGCAAAAUCAGUAAUUGAGGCAUUGAAAAGUAGAGGUGUUUCUUCAGUUGGGGCUGCAGGCUUCUGUUGGGGCGCUAAGGUUGUUAUUGAACUUGCGAAAACUGACAUUAUCCAAGCUGCUGUGCUGCUACAUCCUUCGUUUGUCACCAAUGAAGACAUCAAUGAGGUUAAAGUUCCGAUUUCGAUUCUUGGAGCUGAGAUUGACAUAAUGUGUCCACCAGAAGUGGUUAAACAAUUUGAAGCUGUGUUAGCUGGAAAAUCUGGGGCGGAGUUCUUGGUGAAGAUAUUUCCAAAAGUCGAGCAUGGAUGGACUGUAAGAUAUGAUGUUGGAGAUGAAGAGGCUGUCAAGAAAGCAGAGGAGGCUCAUCAGGACCUGUUGGAAUGGAUUUCUAAGUAUGUUAAGUGAAAGUGUUCAACAUAGUACUCCAUCAAAGUUACCUAAGAUUUUAGAACACUGUGAAAACUUUGUCAAAACUCCUUUGUAUUUGGAAUGGUUUGAAUAAUAAUACUUGGAACUUUUUCAA